AUGGAUGACAUUAACAAUAGUAACAACAACAACCACAACGACGUCUACUACAUCAUCAACAACAACAACAACAACAACAACAACGAUUUUAUGAAUACGGACUCGUGUUUGGUUCUGCUUGUUGACAACAACAACAACAUUAUAAAUAACAUCAACGUGGGCAGAAUUGUUGAAAACAACGUCAACAACAACUACAACACCAUCAUUAAUGACAUCAAUAACAACUACAUAGAUGACGUCACUAACAACAACGACAUCAACGUCAAUGAUGUCAUUGACUUCGACUACCUCUACAACAUAGAUUCCAUGAAUGACUUACCAGAUGAGACCCUUGAAACAAUGUUAGCCACAAAUUCAAUAGCAAGCCAAAAUGUUUUACAAAAUGUUAACCCGUCUACACUUCAAACUCUAUCCUUUUGCAAUACUCCAUUAGACGAGGAUACCAACCUGGAAUCGAAUUAUGAACAUUCAACUUAUUUCAACGACACCACAGAUAAUGGUUUUAUUUUUACUGAUAGUAUUAAUAAUAGUAACAACAACAACAACAACAAUAAUAAUAAUAAUAAUAAUAAUAACAAUUAUAAUGAUGUUUUCAAUUGCAACAACAGCAUAGAAAGUUAUAGUAAUAGUAUUUUUAGUAAUACUAGUGACAGCGAUACUACCAACAAUAGAUUUAAAGUCAGUAAUAGAAGUAGUAGUAGUAGUAGAAGUAGGAAUAUUUUCAACUACAGCAACAGUGGCAGUGCUAGCUGUAGUAGUUCUGAGGUCUAUAAUAAAAAAUUAAAACUUCGUGAAUUCAUCGAGAUGCAUUUAAACAACGAAGACAUUCCUGGUAAUGAUCUUUUUGUUCUUGAUAAUGAUGAAAAUGAUGGUGAUGAUAGCUGCAAUGCGCGCCUCCUCAAAGGCGGAAACUGCCGCUUGACGACCUUGGCAAAAGAAGGUGUAACCAGCACCUCUCUCUUCAAACUGUGUUGCUUCAGAGAUUCUUGUCUCGCUGAGCGCAGCAACAUCGAUGUCAUAACGCGCAAGUUCACGCGCAACAAUGGCAGAUCGACGUUUAUGACAUCUCCCAAGAUCCAACAUUGUUCGGACGUUCCAUGA